UCAUGGGCCAGACUGGGAAGAAAUCUGAGAAGGGACCAGUGUGUUGGCGGAAGCGUGUAAAGUCAGAGUACAUGCGCCUGCGGCAGCUCAAGAGGUUCAGGCGAGCUGACGAAGUCAAGAGUAUGUUUAGUUCCAAUCGUCAGAAAAUUUUGGAAAGAACAGAAAUCUUAAACCAAGAAUGGAAACAGCGAAGGAUCCAGCCUGUGCACAUCCUGACUUCUGUGAGCUCAUUGCGCGGGACCAGGGAGGCCAUUCACCUGCUCUUCCCUCUACGAUUUUCCAUAACACAGUUUUUACUUGGAACCAGCCUUCUGCCAAGAGUCUCAGUUUGGUUGUGUACUCCUACAACUACUAUUUUUGGCUUGACUUCCCUCUCCAGCUCCCAGUGGUCCAGCCACACAGUCGCCUAUUGUACCAGCUGGUUGAUUGUUCGGUGACCAGUGACUUGGAUUUUCCAACACAAGUCAUCCCGUUAAAGACUCUGAAUGCAGUUGCUUCAGUACCCAUAAUGUAUUCUUGGUCUCCUCUACAGCAGAAUUUCAUGGUGGAAGAUGAAACUGUUUUACAUAACAUUCCUUACAUGGGGGAUGAAGUUUUAGACCAGGACGGGACUUUCAUUGAAGAACUAAUAAAAAAUUAUGAUGGAAAAGUACACGGGGAUAGAGAAUGUGGGUUUAUAAAUGAUGAAAUUUUUGUGGAGUUGGUGAAUGCUCUUGGUCAAUACAAUGACGAUGAUGAUGAUGAUGAUGGAGAUGAUCCUGAUGAAAGAGAAGAAAAACAGAAAGAUCUAGAGGAGAACCGAGAAGAUAAAGAAAGUCGCCCACCUCGGAAAUUUCCUUCUGAUAAAAUUUUUGAAGCUAUUUCCUCAAUGUUUCCAGAUAAGGGCACAGCAGAAGAGCUAAAGGAAAAGUACAAAGAACUCACUGAGCAGCAGCUCCCAGGUGCACUUCCCCCUGAGUGUACCCCCAACAUAGAUGGACCAAACGCCAAGUCUGUUCAGAGGGAGCAGAGCUUGCACUCAUUUCAUACGCUUUUCUGUAGGCGAUGUUUUAAAUAUGACUGCUUCCUACAUCCUUUUCAUGCGACACCCAACACUUACAAGCGGAAGAACACGGAGACGGCUCUGGACAACAAGCCUUGCGGCCCCCAGUGUUACCAGCACUUGGAGGGCGCGAAGGAGUUUGCUGCCGCCCUCACUGCCGAGCGGAUAAAGACGCCCCCGAAGCGCCCAGGCGGCCGCAGGAGAGGGCGGCUCCCCAACAACAGCAGCAGGCCCGGCACCCCCACCACCAACGUGCUCGAGUCGAAGGACACGGACAGUGACAGGGAGGCGGGGACCGAGACUGGAGGGGAGGGCAACGACAAGGAAGAGGAGGAGAAGAAGGACGAGACCUCCAGUUCCUCAGAAGCGAAUUCUCGGUGUCAAACACCAAUAAAGAUGAAGCCCAACGCCGAGCCCCCCGAGAACGUGGAGUGGAGUGGCGCUGAGGCCUCCAUGUUCAGGGUCCUCAUCGGCACGUACUACGACAAUUUCUGUGCCAUCGCCAGGUUGAUUGGGACCAAAACAUGUCGACAGGUGUAUGAGUUUCGAGUCAAAGAAUCCAGUGUCAUAGCGCCAGCCCCCGCCGAGGACGUUGACACCCCUCCCAGGAAGAAGAAGAGGAAACACCGGUUGUGGGCUGCGCACUGCAGAAAGAUACAGCUGAAGAAGGACGGCUCCUCCAACCAUGUUUACAACUACCAGCCCUGUGACCACCCGCGGCAGCCUUGCGACAGCUCGUGCCCUUGUGUGAUAGCCCAGAAUUUUUGUGAAAAGUUUUGUCAAUGUAGUUCAGAGUGUCAGAACCGCUUUCCGGGAUGCCGCUGCAAAGCCCAGUGCAACACCAAGCAGUGCCCGUGCUACCUGGCUGUCCGAGAGUGUGACCCCGACCUCUGUCUUACUUGUGGAGCCGCUGACCACUGGGACAGUAAAAACGUGUCCUGCAAGAACUGUAGCAUUCAGCGGGGCUCUAAGAAGCAUUUAUUGCUAGCACCGUCUGAUGUGGCAGGCUGGGGGAUUUUCAUCAAAGAUCCUGUACAGAAGAACGAAUUCAUCUCGGAAUACUGCGGAGAGAUUAUUUCUCAAGAUGAAGCAGACAGAAGAGGGAAAGUAUAUGAUAAAUACAUGUGCAGCUUUCUCUUCAACUUGAACAAUGAUUUUGUGGUGGAUGCAACCCGCAAGGGUAACAAAAUUCGUUUUGCAAAUCACUCAGUAAAUCCAAACUGCUAUGCAAAAGUGAUGAUGGUUAACGGCGAUCACAGGAUAGGGAUUUUUGCUAAGAGAGCCAUCCAGACUGGUGAAGAGCUGUUUUUUGAUUACAGAUACAGCCAGGCUGACGCCCUCAAGUACGUGGGCAUCGAAAGAGAAAUGGAAAUCCCUUGACGUCUGCUACCUCCCCCCUUCUCCUCUUGGAACAGCUGCCUUAGCUUCAGGAACCUCGAGUACUGUGGGCGAUUUAGAAAAAGAAAAUGCAGUUUGAAAUUCUGAAUUUGCUAAAAGUACUGUAAGAAUAAUUUAUAGUAAUGAGUUUAAAAAUCAACUUUUUAUUGCCUUCUCACCAGCUGCAAAGUGUUUUGUACCAGUGAAUUUUUGCAAUAAUGCAGUGUGGUACAUUUUUCAACUUUGAAUAAAGAAUACUUG